AUGGGUGACAAUUUUUCGGAUGAUGGUUGGGGAGACUACGAUGAUAUUCCGCCGUCAAUUUACAAAGAACCAUUAGAACGCAAAUGCGUUGAUCCAGUUCAAAAUUCUGAUAAGCCUGGGGAUUUCGGAGCUCCAAAUGUCACAUCUGAUGUGAACUUUUCUCAAACAAGUCUUGGAGAAGACAGCUUCGAAUUACCGCCGCACGUUGUGCGAAAAGAUUCAGCAUUGUCGAAAGAAGUCAAUUUGCCGAUUUACGCGAGCGGCAAUGUGACACCUCUUCCAACUUUUGAAGAAAUUAGCACAUCAGAAGCUGCGGAAUAUCGAACAGGUGCCUCGAAAAUCAAUUCGGCUGCACAACGCGGAAAAAUGCAAUUUCGAAGAAAUAUCGAUGAUCGAGAAAAUAUUUUGCAAAAUGAGUCUCGCAUGGAGCCGUCGUUGAGUGGUGAUGAUUUCGAUGGCACGAAUCCAAACCUUAGAUCAAAACCGACGUUUCUUGACGAGCGUUCGAAGUCCGUCGGGAUUCGCGGCGGAUUCGGCGCCGACGAUCAAUUUUUCAGUUCUCAUACAGCGCCGUCCCAAAAUGCGAAUCUUAGUGAGAACAAUAGUGAGGAUGAUUCGAAUGAAGGUGACCAUACGGUUAUCAUGAAGUCACGAGAGCUCAACGAGAACCUGUCGAAGAAGGCAGAAAAGCCGACAUGGGCGAAGGAGAUUCGAACCGAUUCUCAGAUGAGUUAUGACGAUGUUGACGAUACUGAUCAAUUCACUGAAUCGAAAAAAUCAAUUGCGGGUUCCAUAAAGGACAGAUUUGGGGCUGACUAUGAAAGUGGAAGAGAAGCACGUCAUAGUGAUCCGACGUUGAGCGGUGACGAUUUCGAAACUUCUGAACCUAUUGUUAGAUUGCUAUCGGGAAAAACGUCGCAUUCCGGUUCCGCAGCAUCUUGUGUAGGCUUUGCUCAACAGAAGUCGGCUGAGUUUGGAGCACCGCCUUUAAAAGAAGCUCGAAAUGAUCCGACAUUGAGAGAUAAUGAUUAUGGAAGCUCCGAGCGUGUCGGCCGAUCGUUUUCAGCAAAAAAUUCGAUGACUGGCUCUGCACGUGGAAGAUAUCAUCAGAAAUCGGAAGAAGUCAAUCCGACGACACAAAGCGAUUCAACAUUGAGCGGAGAUGAUUUUGAAGACUCGACGACCAUUCUAAACGCCAGGCGAAUGCCUUCGGGAAAAAAUUCGAUGAAUGAGGAUGGCUGGAAUAGCUCUGAGGCGCAAAUUGAUGCAAAACCACAGCCGGUAUCGUUCGAGAAGAAUUGCACCAAGCCGAUAGGAUUUGGAGCCGCUGUUUGGAACGAAUUUGGAAACGAUCAGCUUCCCAGCGGCGACGAUUUUGAUGAUACUGAUCCAUUAAGUGAAGUGAGACUUGCCGGUCACAGAAAACCAUCUGGUUUUGGAAUGGGACUCAUUAAGAGAAAUAAGCAACCAUGUGAUUCGGAGCUCAGCAAAGAUGAUUUUGAAGAUACAACAUCGUUUGAAGUGAAUAAAUCGAUUUCCGGAAAGGUUUCGAUGGACGGUUCUGGUCGAGGGAGUUUCGCUUAUCAGAAACCAAUUGGGUUUGGAGCGGCGAGUAAUAAAGAAUUCAACAAAUCAUACGAUACGGCGAUGAGCAGCGGCGACUUUGAAGGCAAUGAGCCGAAUGCGCUGAGCAAAUCGAUUUCGGGCUCAACUCGCGGCGGAUUUGCUUAUCAAAAACCAUCGGGAUUUGGCGCUUCGUCGGAUCGAAUCAGCGAAGAUGAUUGGAGCGAUACGGAAUUCACACCAAAUCAGAAGUCUAUUCAAAAAUCAUUUGGAGUCGAUUUUCCGAAACCAACCGGAUUCGGUCGAGCAUCGUCGGCUAUGAGUAAUUCGAUGAUGCGCAGAGAUGACUCGGAAGAAACGGAGAAAACAACAUUAUCAAUUGGAGGCGGUUUUCAUUCAAACUAUCAGAAGCCGGCGGGAUUCGGAACGUUUUCAGAGAAAGAAGCGGGUAUUCGGAAUGUCAUGAACUCUUCGACCUCCGUAGGAUCACUUGGUUCACCGAGAAAAGCCGCGUUCGGUCAACCACCCGCUGAUAUUCUUUCGAAGGGGUUCGGUAAACCUGACUCAUUUAAUGAAACGACAACAACGAGGCCAAUAUCGAACACGUUUACCGAAACUGACAACAGCAGAGGUUUUGGACGCUCAAAUUCGGGAUUUGGACAGAUAGAUCCGUCGAGAUUUGGUCAGAGUAUGGACACAAAUGAGAAUACGUAUAAUGUAUCGGGAAAAACGACACCGUUCGGCGGCGAUUUUGGAAAAUCGAGGACAUUUGGCGAAAACACCAACACAUAUGAGGAAGGCGGUUUUGGAAUGACGAGCGGAUCGUUCCGUCAGCCGACAUCAAAUUAUUCUUCUGAAGCGUCUAUUCGUGGAUUUCGAACCAAUUCGACGUCAUGCCGCAAUUGUGGAGACGAUGGGCAUUAUUCGAGAGAAUGCACGCAAGUGAGACAGCCGAAAUUGUGCUUCAAUUGUCGCGCCAAUGAUCAUUCUCAUGCGGAUUGUCCCCAUCCAAAACGAUUGGAACUUUGCUACAAUUGCAACAGUGAAGGUCAUUUUUCGCAUGAAUGCCCAGAGCCUAAGAAUGGUCUUGUUUGCCGAAAUUGUCGACAAGAAGGCCACAUGUCGGCGAAUUGCGAGCAGCCUCGUGAAUAUGUAGAUCCUUGCCGACGAUGCGGUGAAAGGGGCCAUUGGAGUCGCGAAUGUCCGACGAUGCCGCGAAAUUUGAAUGGUGAAAUCUCCGAGCCGUAUUUGCCAACGUACAAAAACGAAGAGGAGUUAUUCGCGGAAGUUGUUGAUAAAAGCACUUGCAUCGAUUUCGAUAUGGAUGUUUAUAAAACUGGAACAAACAAAUUGGAAUUGAAAUCGUUUGAAGAUUUUUUCGGGAUCAAUGCGCAAGUUUUGGAAAAUUUGAAACGAAUGAAAUUCAAAAAGCCGACGCCAAUUCAACAGGCGACGUAUAUGGAAGUGUUGAAUGGACGAGAUUUGGUGGCAUGUGCGCACACGGGUUGCGGAAAAACGGUUGCUUUCUUGUUGCCGGUUGUUGUCAAACUACUCGAGGAGACAUGGAAUCCGGGAGAUCGAGAUAAAGUCGCAUCGCCGAGAUGUCUUAUCAUUUCGCCAACUCGCGAAUUGGCGCAACAGACUUAUCUCGACGCGAAGAAGCUUACGUACAAAACGGGGCUUAAAACCUAUUGUGUUUAUGGUGGAACAUCGAGAUCAAUGGAGAAGCAGCAGCUCCUCGAAAUUCCGCAGCUUGCGAUUCUUGUUGCGACGAUGGGAAGACUUCAUGAUUAUAUAAAUACGGAAGAAAUUAGUUUGGCGAAAACGAAAUUCAUUGUUCUCGAUGAAGCCGAUCGAAUGGUGGCUUCGAAUGAUUUCGGAGAAGAAUUACUCCAGUUAAUUGGGAACCCGGAAACGAGAACAGCGCAACUUUUGUUGUUUAGCGCGUCGUUCUCCAACGAACUUCAGGCGAACGAUUUGAAGGAAGUUGUGAAAGGAAACUAUAUGAUGAUCGAAGUGGACAAAUUUGGGACGGCGAAUCGCAAAAUUGAUCAGAAGGUUUACCAGUUGACGAAAGCUGAGAAGAAAUCGAAGCUGUUUGAAGUGCUCGGAAUUGAUGAGGAGACGCUAACCGUCAACAAAGACGCGCGAGUCACCCGAGAAAAGACGCUCGUUUUUGUGAACUCGGUGAAAUUCGCCGACAGCCUUUGCUCGACGUUUGCGAACACUGGAAUCAAGGCGAUCUCGAUGCACGGGCACUAUGAUCAGAUCACGCGUGAAACGAUUCUUCGUGAUUUCAAGGCUGGCCUCUAUCACAUAAUGGUGGCGUCUAAUGUGUGUGCGCGCGGAAUCGACAUUUACAUGCUUGAUCACGUGAUUAAUUAUGAUAUGCCCUAUAAGGAUGGAUUUGAUGAAUAUGUGAAUCGAAUUGGAAGAACUGGACGAGCUGGAUUCCGAGGAUGCUCUACGGCGUUUUUUGAUGUUGACUAUGAUCGCGAAAUUGUCGAGCAGCUUGUCAAGGUUUUGGAGGAUGCCGGAAAAGUUGUACCAGAUUGGUUGAUGGAAAUGAAAGAAAUGGAAGAGAAUGCGAAUAAGGACGAUUUUGAUGAUGAUGAAUUGUGAAUGAGCGGAACUCGAAAGAGAAGUACUUCCUCGAAGGACAACGAUGAUUACUCCCUUAAACGGAAAAGAAACAAUGAGGCGGUGAAUCGGACUCGUCAGAAAAAGCGAAUGGAGGAGAAUGAGACGGCCGAGAAGGUUGAUGUACUCCGCGCGGAGAAUGAAGCGCUUGAGAGAAAGAUUGACUCUCUUACCAAGGAAUUAACAUUCCUUAAAGAAAUGUUUGUGGCGUAUGCGAAAAAGAGCCGAAAAGAGCGGCAAGACAAUGAUCAAUCGCAAAAGGAUGAAAAGUCGGAAGCAGCGUGA